UGUUCAAAUAGUGAUUUAAUUCCUGUGCCAGCAAUGGAAGAAAACUUGCGCAGUUUGGCUCUUGGAGUAGCUUGAAGAAAAUGCAUUUGCCUGCAAGGUGCAGUUGGCUGCGGUUAAACAGCCAUCGUUGAAUACUUGGCCAAAAUAACUGGACACUGGCCAUCCAAUUUCAUUAAAGUAUAGUUUGGGGAUAAAAGUGACUCAUAAAUGUUGCUGGGAACUUACAGAUGCACCGAUAUAUCUGGAGAAUUUGAGUGGCAGGCUGGUGUGCUCACGCAGGCAGUUUCAUGUGGAAAUUGGCUCCUUCUGGAUGUUAUAUACAGUGCUGCACGAGACGUUGCUAGCAUUUUGAGUAAUGUCAUGCAAACUGUAACUCUGUCUGUUCCUGGAUGCAAAGACACUUUUCACGUUAACAGUGGAUUUCAGCUGUUUUUCACGCAGAGAUUGAUCCCCAUGAUGUCCGGCUUCCAAUGUCAGUCAUCCGGAGCCAGUAGUCUGUUUGAAAAACACUUGCUGUGCAUUAACAUGGAGUCGCUGUCGAAAAAAGAAUUGAGCAAUAAUAAUACCGAUAGUGAUGAAGACGACGAACUGUUUUUUUUAAAAACAUGAAGAUUAAUUUCCACUAGAGAUCUAUUAAAUUGGUGUCACAGAGCUGUUAACUGCUUAAACUUUUCCUCCAAAGAUUCUGCUCUUAAAUUACUUCAAGACGCCAUCGACAUAUUCUGUUGCUCUGUGCUAUUUCAAGAAAAAAAUUCCUGGAACACAUUGACCCUUGCCUCACGAAAAGCAAAUGGAAGACCCUCGUUGCGCUGAUGAAUACCAGUACGGGUGCUGCUUUGAAGCGACUCAGGUCAAAGCA